GGAGGGUCCGAUUACCAGACCAGCAGCAAACUUGUAACUGAUCUCGCAGCCUGCAAGGGAAGAAAACACUGUUUUUAAUAAUUUAAAAAUCAGCGCCUGGUAGUUUUAAGGUUACAGAACAGUGAGGUGGACGUUUCCCAGCGGAUAACCGACCAACAAUAAAACCAUGUUGUGAAGAACAAGCAUGAAGACCUGAACAGCUCCUCUGAAAUAAAGCUGGUCCCCUCCUGAGUCUGACAGAAAGACUUGACCAUGGACACCUUCAGCACCAAGAGCCUGGCCCUACAGGCACAGAAGAAGCUAAUGAGCAAGAUGGCAACAAAGAGUGUGGCUAACCUUUUCAUAGAUGACACCAGCAGCGAAGUGCUGGACGAGCUGUACCGUGUCACUAAGGAGUACACUCGCAACCGCAAAGAGUCCCAGAAGAUCAUCAAAAACCUGAUCAAGAUGGUGGUGAAGCUGGGAGUGCUUUACAGAAACAACCAGUUCAACAGCGAGGAGCUGAUCCUGGUGGAAAACUUCAGGAAGAAAGUGCACACUCUGGCCAUGACCGCCGUCAGCUUUCACCAAAUCGAGUUCACCUUCGACCGGAGAGUCAUGAGUAGCAUUUUGAACGACUGCCGUGAGCUCCUGCACCAGGCCAUCCGACGCCACCUGACCGCCAAGAGCCACUCGCGGGUCAACCACGUCUUCAAUCACUUUGCCGACUGCGACUUCCUUGCAGCUCUGUAUGGGCCUUCGGAAGUUUACAGGGCCUACCUGCAAAGGAUCUGCAAUGGCCUCAACAAGAUGCUAGAUGAAGGGAGCCUCUGACCUCUGGUCACCUACCUCUGCUCUUUCUUGGAGUUUAUUGUUGACUUUUUUUUUUUUUUUUCACAUUGUAAAGGUGACAAUCAGACAUUUGUACUGACAUGUGUUGGUUUGUAGAUGUUACUGUACUGAUAUUCCCUUGCUUUGUUUGUCCAAAGACUAUUUCUUUGCCUAACAGCUUUAAAUUCCAGCUGCUUUUUGU